AACAGACAACCACACAAACAGCACACGACAACUUCGACCUCCAUCAAAACUACAAUUCAACAAUUCCAAUUCCUUCGACAAGAAACAUCUCGACUACAUACUGGAUACAUCUACACGCAUAGAAACCUUCAACAUCUAAAUAAUAAACUCCUCUCUUCCCGCAUUUCCAGAUCUUCAGCCUUGGGCUACAAACGGAGAUGGCCAGUCGAGCAGCCAACAACCGGUUAACCCGGGAAUACAAAACCAUAUCUGCCAAUCCCCCACCAUUCAUCGUCGCUCACCCCUCGGAAUCAAACAUUCUUGAAUGGCAUUACAUCCUCACCGGCCCACCAGACACACCCUACCACAACGGCCAAUACUGGGGAACCCUCAUCUUCCCCACCAACUACCCCUUCGCACCCCCCGCCAUCCGAAUGCACACCCCCUCCGGACGCUUCCAACCCUCCACGCGCCUCUGCCUCUCGAUCUCCGACUUCCACCCCAAAUCCUUCAACCCCGCCUGGGAAGUAAGCACGAUCCUGAUCGGGCUCUUAUCAUUCAUGACCAGCGAGGAGAUGACAACCGGCAGCGUUGGCGGUACCGAAGCCGAGCGUCGGUGGGCAGCGCAGCGCUCCCGCUGGUGGAACUCGACGGGUGGGGGAACACACAAGGAUAUCACUGGCAAGGCUGGACAGAAGGGGAAUAUCAAGGCCGGGGAUGGAGGCGCGAAGUUUGCUAGCGAGUGGCCGGAGCUGGAUGCGGAGAAUUGGAAGUGGAUGCGUGAGAACCGGGUGGAUAUUGCGACGGGGAAUCAGGCGCCGGAUUUGAGUAGUGCGGGUGCGGCGGCGGCGGGGAGUGGUGGUGGUACGAAUUGUGGGCCGGGGAUGGGAGGGCUGAGGAGGCCGAGUGGGAGUCAGGCUGUGGUUGGGGCGGUGGUUGAGGGGGGGAGAGCGGUGGGUGUGGAGGGGAGGAGUUGGGUUAGGAGGAAUAAGUUGUUGGUUAUUGGUGGGGUGAUAUUCACUUAUGUUUUGAUUGCUAGGUUGCUCGGAGAGGGACCAGGUAACUAAAGGAACAACAUUUCCAACAAGAUGAUAUAGAUGGUGGCUAUCAAGAACCCACGCGGUGGCUUGUUUGAGUAUCACGGUCGUUCGUUUGUUCUUUUGUAGUGUAGCAUGGCGUCUGGAAGGAAGCGAUAGAAUAGGAGACCAUCCAAAAAAUAUGUAUUCCCC